AUCAUCGCAUCGUCAUGGGGGCCCCCUUCUGAGACGUCACGACAUGUCACGAAGCGUUUUCGGCGUCUCGACGCGAUAAGAACGGUUUACCGUGGGUUGAGUGGUGCAUGUUGUGUAUAUGAUGUUAUUCUUAUCAAUUUUCGCAGUCUGACAGCCUGACAUUGCGACUCGUGUCGCCAAAAUCUUCAAACAAUCGCAAAAACGCCGUGUCAUAUUGAUAGUCGCGACGAGGUUACGCGUUCUGUUAUGUGCCGCUUAUGAUUUAAAGACUUUCGAUAUUCUUUAAAACGUCUUUUUCACUCCGUCAAAUUGUUCCUUUAACAAACAGCGUCUGAUAUAAUAUCCUGUUAAACUUUUAUUUUACAAUCUACGUUGCAAUCUUUUACGUUUUAAAACGAAAAACGCAGGUGCCAACGCCUAUUAUCGUACGUUUAAAUUGUGUUUUUUAUCUACGUUUGUAUUUUUGCUAGUGAUUCUACAUUUCAAAAUCUUUGGCUAUUAUUUAAUAAAGUUUUCAACAAAUAAAGAUCUGCUCUGGAGCUCAAGUUUUUUUCUGUAGUGAACAAACUUGGACAUCACUAGCCAAGUGUUUCGUCUCCUAAAUAAAAUUUAAUCGGGAGGCUAGUAUCUCUGGUUAGUUUACGCUUUAACUAAAUACAACAUUUUUGGCACAUAACCGUUUCCAGCCUCGUUUUGAAGAAUUUUAACGCGAUGCGUGGAAUACUUGCGAUCUGCGUGCGAAACCGUGCGACGAGCGAGAGAUUUUUCUCGAGUGCGCGCAGGCUGAGGAGUUGCAGACGUAAAUUUUGCACAGCCAUCGAGAACGAUCGUUCGCCGUUGAACGGGAUACGAGUUCUGGACCUGACGCGGAUCGUGGCCGGUCCCUACUGCACCAUGAUCCUGGGCGAUCUCGGUGCGGAAAUCUUGAAGAUCGAACGGCCCGAUGGCGGCGACGAGGCGCGCAAAUGGGGCCCGCCGUUCUUUCAAGGAACACAGGAUUCGACUUACUUCAUGAGCGUGAACCGAAACAAGAAGAGUGUCUGCGUCGACUUGAAGAAGGGCAAGGAUGUCAUUUACGAGUUGGCGCGGACGUGCGACGUUCUAGUGGAGAAUUAUGUACCAGGCAAGCUGAACAGUUUUGGAUUAGGAUAUGAAGAUGUGGCCAGGGUGGCGCCGCGUCUCAUAUAUUGCUCGUUGACCGGUUACGGAUCCCAUGGACCAUACGCAAGCAGACCCGGUUACGACGUCAUCGCCGCUUCCUUGGGUGGACUUUUACACAUUACCGGACCCAAAGACGGACCGCCGUGCAAGGUCGGCGUAGCGAUGACUGAUAUGGCAACAGGUCUGUACGCUCAUGGUGCGAUCAUGGCAGCUUUGCUGCAAAGGUCGAAAACCAAUAAAGGCCAAUGGAUACAAUGUAAUCUCCUGUCGACUCAAAUUGCAUGCCUGAUAAACAUUGCCUCAAAUUACUUAAAUGGAAAUAAGGAGGCGACGAGAUGGGGAUCUGAGCACGAGAGCAUUGUUCCUUACGAAGCCUUUCCCACGAAAGAUGGAUACAUGACGAUCGGAGUAGGAAGCGACCUACAAUUUCUGGAAUUAGUCAAAAGAUUACAAAUGCCAGAACUCGCCACUGAUGACAAGUUCAAGACUAACAUAGCCAGAGUUACAAAUCGAACGGAGCUACUUAAAAUUCUUAGAGAUACAUUUAAAGAGAAAACAAACCAGGAAUGGUCUGCAAUAUUGGAAGGAGCUUCGUUUCCUUACGGUGCAAUAAAUAAUAUAAGAGAGGUAUUUGAUGAUCCCCAUGUAAAAGAUAUAAAGUUGGUUCAAGAAGUAGAUCAUCCAGUUACAGGCAAAGUAAAACUUGUUGGGCCACCUGUAACAUAUAGCUAUGCUACCAAUGUAGUGAGGUCACCACCACCAACAUUGGGACAGCAUACAUCAGAAGUUUUAAGAAAUAUAUUGAAUUAUUCUGAUGAUAAAAUAGAAAAUUUAAUAGCACAGAAAAUUGUGCGAUAAUUAAUGAAUC